AACACGUUGUCACCUUUUUAGCCAAUUAAGAACACGUUGAACGUUGUAGAUGAGUUUAAUAUUGUAGAUAUACACGGAAUACAGACGAUGAAAACAACAUUAGAACAUCGAGAGACGAGACGGCACUUAUCACGACGAUUCGACUCCUAAUACAAGACCUUUCAAUACCUCUCUUUCAAAUAUCCAAUUGAAACCAUAUUUAUACCUACAGACGUAUGUGCGUAUGGUGAUAUCGAUUCCAUUAGGGUUUGGAAUACUAAUUACCAUAUGUCAUCGAUCCAAUUAUAUUUUUGGUUGUCAUCUGUUUGUCUAAUUACAACGGGCCCUAGGCUAUAUCGAUCCAAUUCAUGAAUUCGGAGAAAUUGGAAAUUAGCAAUUUCCAGUCUUUUUAAUGUAUUUUACCUGUAAUAACGAAUUUAUCCCCAAACAGGUACCGUACCCUAACAGUAUCGUGUGGUAUUUCUAAUGUUCCUAUCAAUUCAAUAAGCAAUAUGGCAACAUUUGCACCAGUACAAUAAAUUGGCCAUUUUAAAAUUUUUUUUAGCAUUAUUUCGAUAUCUAGAUUUUCACGCAGCUAUCGCCUAUAGACAGAUUGAUAUGCAUUUUGUACAAUGUAAAUAGCAUUGAUCUUCUGUUUGCAUAGUUUGAUAGUAGGCUACUCAUUGUCAUUUAGAUUAAAAUUAUGGAGAUUCAGCCAGAGAUUGAUAUAUUUGUUGGCAAUAACACUGUUAUUGAUAUGGAUGUAUAUGAUUUAUGGCUCCGCAGGGUUUCUGCAACAGAUGCUGUGAAGCAGCAUAAGAUAAAGGGAAAGUCAGUAACUGCAGAUUUAGUUUUGAGCGAUGUUCUGGAUCAAUAUCGAACAUUGGGAUUACUUGAAAAAUAUCUCAAGAUACCCUCUAGUCUCGGUCAUCAGAUGUCCUUCCAACUGACACCAAAAAUGCAGAGAGAACUCAUCACACGAUAUUACACAUUUGAUGAAACUGUCAUACGUGAACUUUUAGGAAAAAAACUAUCUCGAAACACUUAUCAAAGCAUGGAUGAAAUUGCAGAUAAAACUAGAAUAAAUUUACGAAGCUGCAUAAGACAGUUUGAUAACUGCAGGCGAGUUUUUAAAGCUGUUGAAGAAAUACCAGGAAUACUGGUUGAAAAUAUAGGAAAACAGUUUUUGCUUCCCAAGGAUUUAUCAUGGGCAUAUGCAACUGUUGUGUUUCUUGCAAACCAUAGAUUUGAAUGCACAAAACGAAAACUGAGUCAUAUGACCCUUAAUAAUUUUAUCACUUGCUCGCAAGUGUUAAUUGAAAAUUGGUCGUAUGGUCAUUCCGAGUCUGAAACUCUGGAUAUGAACGUAGAUAUAGAUCGAGAAUUUUUGCAUGAUCUCAGAGGUGUGAAGUUUUUAGCAUCUGAUAGAGAUCUUGUGGAUAAAUGUAAAGAGUGUUUAAUAAAAAAUUCUGCUGCAGGAGGUUCAAGUAUUGAUGCAGCUUGCAAACUUUUAUGUCGUAUUAUUCCUACAAUUGCAUCAGAUUUAUAUCAUACUAAAGAUCUGAGAGACUUAUUUGUAGACAUUGUUGAAAAAAUUGUAGAGCCAGCUCGUGUUGCUAAAUGGUCAAAAACUUUAAUGGAAGACUUUUUGGUUAACUAUAGCAAAUUUUCUACAGAACACCCACAGCUAGUUGUGUUCAAGAUAAUUUGGUUGCGGUAUAUCAAUGCAAUUAACACUUGUAUAUUACAAUCAUAUUAUUGCUAAAACUUAUUUUUAAAUUUCCUGUUGUUUUUCGUCUUUUUUUAACCCGACGCCUGUUUUAUUUGGUCACCUCAGGCCAAGAUGCUAACUAGUUUAGGCCUAGUUUGACUAUGAUUGAAGAUUAUCUGAAUCUCCUUGCUAUGAAUAAUCCUAUUUUAUAUGUUCAUACAUAUGGUCCAAGAUUGGCAGCUCCGCGGGCCACAAAAUUACUUUUGCAUUGUUAGUGCCAAGAACUUUGCUUGUUUAACUUCGCUAGUUGCCUCAGCAAGCCAUAACACUAGUCAAUUCAGUGACA